CAAUUGGUUAUUAAGUUGAUAAAGUGAUUGUAGUAUUUACUUUAUUAGUAUUACGACAUUUUAAAAAGUAUUGUUUAGUUAAGUAUUGUAGGUCUUUGAUAAUUAAGUUAGAAUUUUUUUUACUGUACUUAAUUAAUUAAUAUUUAGGUGUGUGUUGUUACUUAAUAUUAGUAUUGAUUCAGGUAUGGCUACUAAUGUAUCUAUUUUCAUGAGUUCCUCAAGUGAUAUUAUUAAGAGUAAUAGUGAAAUGCUUGAAAAGUUUUAUUUCAAAUGCAAAAAAAGGAAAUCUAUUUCAAAAUCACAAAUACCAUUUGAUGAACUGUGUUGGACAUCUUUUACCAUAACAAUGAUUUGUUCUGUGCUUACUCCAAUGGAUUUGUACAGAUACUUAGUGGAAAUUGGAUUUAUUGAUACCAGUGUGUCUUCGUAUUGUCUUCAGUGUUCUGGGCAACUAACAUUGAUUCCUUCUACUACUGUCAUUGAUGGUUGCCAACUGAAAUGUAAUAAUAGAAUUGGAGUUAAUGGUAGUACUAACAAAACAAAGUUGUGUUCUAAAAAAUUUACUAUUAGAAGAUAUUCUUGGUUUCACAAAUCUCAUCUAACGAUUCAUGAGAUCUUAACACUAACGUAUUAUUGGUGGAGUGAAAUUUCUCAGAAGUAUGUGGAAAAUGAUCUGGAUUUAGCUCAUGGAACUCCCAUUGAUUGGUACAAUUUUUGCCGUGAAGUUUCGGAAGAUGUAGUAAUUAACAAUUCUGAAAAGAUUGGUGGCUUUGGUAUUACGGUAGAAAUAGACGAAUCGAAAUUUGGCAAAAGAAAAUAUAAUCGAGGCAAAAGGGUAGAGGGAGUAUGGGUUUUUGGAGGAGUAGAAAGAAUAUCUGGAAAAUGUUUUCUUGUAGCAGUGAGUGAUAGAUCGGCAAAUACAUUAUUGGAUGUAAUCAAAGAAUGGAUUCUACCUGGUUCUAUCAUUAUAUCUGAUUGCUGGAAAGCAUAUGACAAAAUAGAGGAACACAAUAACUACAUUCAUCUGAAAGUUAAUCAUAGCUUGCAUUUUAAAGAUCCAGAAAAUGGAGCACAUACCAACCAAAUAGAGGGAUUGUGGAAUUUAGCUAAAAAAAGUCUUCCAAAUACAAACAGAAGCAAAAAAAUGUUUGCUGGUUCUUUAGCAACCUUUAUGCUGCGUACCAAAUGGAAAGGAAAAGAUGGCUUUAAGUUAUUUAUGCAAUAUGCAGCUAAAUUGUAUUCUGAUGAUUCUACUACAGAUGUAACUGAAACAAAACGUUUAAAGAGUGCUUGUAAGGAAAACAUACUUUACUUUAUUUAACUUAUUUUACAAAAAAUUUAUAUUAAUAUUUAUUAUUCGGAAAAACAAAAUUGAUUAGGAAUAGGGGUCUCGUCAACUAUGUCUGUGGAGAAGUUUAAGUUUGGGGAGUCUACACUGAAUGUAAAGUUAGAUGCCUAUGAAAUAGUUUUUUAAAAGUGUUAGAGUGUCGAUUUAAAAGUAUAAUUUAUUACCGUGUUGUUUAAUGGGGUGGAGCAAAUUUGGUGAUGUGUGGUGUUUUCUUCUGUUUUAAUUGAGUUUUCAGUUGCGUCGAUUAUUGUUUUUGAUAUUAGUUCCUAAAGUUUGUGGUUUUCCUUGUAACUAGUAAUAGAAAGUUUUAUUAUAGUAAUAGUUAUAUUUACAUCGGUUAAUAUUGAUAGGUUUUGGAAAGUUGUUUUGAGAUCCGGGCUAGUUGAUUUUGUUUCUUCUUGUCCUAAUGCUAUUGUUAAUUUCUAAACCAGAAAUGGAAAAAUAGUAUGAAGUUAAAUAUAUGUGAU